AUGCCCUUCUCCAACAGCUCUGAGCUCAGCCCGUCCUUCCUGCUGGCCGGGCUGCCGGGGCUGGAGGGAGCCCACUCCUGGCUGGCCAUGGCGCUGUGCUCGGCCUACGUGCUGGCCGUGCUGGCCAACGGCGCCGUGCUGCUGGCCGUGCGCGCCGAGCCGGGCCUGCACGCGCCCAUGUACCUCUUCCUGUGCAUGCUGGCCGCCAUCGACCUGGCGCUGGCCUCGGCCACCGUGCCGCGCACCCUCUGCCUCUACUGGCUGGGCAGCCGCCGCAUCGGCUUCGGCGCCUGCCUCACGCAGAUGUUCCUGAUCCACGCGCUCUCGGCCGCCGAGUCCACCGUGCUGCUGGCCAUGGCGGCCGACCGCUACGUGGCCAUCUGCCACCCGCUGCGCCACGCCGCCGUGCUCGGCGGCCGCGCCACGGCCAAGGUGGGCCUGCUGGCCCUGGCCCGCGGCGUGCUCUUCUUCCUGCCGCUGCCCCUGCUGCUCCUGCCGCUGCCCUUCUGCGGGCCCCGCCGCCUGUCCCACUCCUUCUGCCUACACCAGGACGUGAUGAACCUGGCCUGCGCCAACACCACCCCCAGCGUGGUGUACGGGCUCACCGCCAUCCUGCUGGUCAUGGGGCUGGACGCCGUGCUCAUCUGCCUCUCCUACCUGCUCAUCCUCAGGGCCGUGCUGCGCCUGGCGGCCUGGAGGGAGCGCCUCAAGGUGUUCAGCACCUGCGUCGCCCACAUCUGCGUGGUGCUGGCCUUCUACGUGCCCCUGAUCGGGCUCUCCGUGGUGCACAGGUUCGGCAAGGACCUGGCUCCGCUGGUCCACAUCAUCAUGGGCAACGUCUACAUCCUGGUGCCCGCUGUGCUCAACCCCAUCAUCUAUGGGGUGAGGACCAAGCAGAUCCAGAGGACGAUCCUGAGCUUGAUCCGCGUCACUGACAGAGCUCCCCAGUGA